UUUGGGACGAAGAUUGCCGUCAGCGUUCUUGUUCCUCGGCUACACAGGCGUUUCGCUGGAUUACAGAGAGGAUAUAUUUUGUUUAGGCAUAGGCAUGGGAUUCUUGCGAGGAGGACUGGAAUGAAAAGCAGUCUCAAGUUGUGGUUCAUUGUCUAAAUGUGAAAUGAAGACGUGUGUCUGAUUUUUGGAUAUAGUGUAUUCAUGUGUUGAAGAAUAACAGACUGUUUUAUUGGCUGGAUCAAGAUGAUUUUCUGGUUUUUAGCCAAAAAGGCAAAUAUACAAGUCGUCCAGUUGAUUAAUCAUGAGCGUGUGGAAAAUUGUCUUUAUUUUUCUUACUUAGAGUUCUCAUUGGUUUAAUAUGGUUGAAGGGCAGGCUCAAGUUCUGGUUUGUAGUCUUUUUUCCAAACAUAAUCUUCCCUGGAAGUUUGACUAGGUGUGAGCGUACACAAACUUAAAAGACAGGGGAGUGUUCCCCAGCGAUCUUAUUGUCCUUCACUCAGCGUGGAAUCUCAAACAAAAUCCCUCUGGGGAUGCAGGUGGCCCAGGGACAAGCAAAGAGUUAAGUCCUGCACUCUUUGAAGCGGGGGAAACCCCCCCCCCCUCGCCCUCUGACAUCACUGGGUCCGGCCCCCUGAAAGAUUCCCUCACUCCACUUGCGAGCUCCUCACUUGGGCGCCGGAACUUCGAGCAGCAUCAGGACGGCGAAGAAUAAGAUGUGAGAAUCUUGUCUGGAUUGCGGCGAUUGAGAAUGGCCGCCAUUAUGAACCCCCAGUUUAUGAAUUUCUGCUUCCCGGGGUCGGCGAUGGAUGUGGGUCUCCUGGGUGAACCGGAGAAGGAGGAAGACUACAAGGAGACCACCCGGGAGCUUCUGAGCUUUAUGGACUCUGCCUCCAGCAACAUCAAGCUGGCCCUGGAUAAGCCGGUCAAGUCUAAGAGGAAAGUCAACCACCGUAAGUAUCUGCAGAAGCAGAUCAAGAGAUGCACCGGGAUCGUCAACGUCAGUGACACAGCGGGGAAGGCGCCCGGUUCCUCCCCGUCGUCGGGUAAGACCGUCCCCAAGCGUGACGGCGUCCAGGCCAGCCUGCAGAACCGCAGCCUGGCCGCGCUUUUCAGCCCAGCCAAGGAAGUCCGCGGUGAGAGAGCCAGGAAACCGCCCCUGCGCCACCGCAACCUGCCGCCCUCCUUCUUCACCGAGCCGGCCAACUGCUCCAAAGUCAACCCUGGGGCUGGAAUGUCAUUACGGGACCUGGAUCGAGCCAACCCUGAGACAACGGACUUCUUUGACCUGCUGGGACCCGACUACAUCAGUGUGGUGGCCGAGCAGGAACUUUACCAAAAUGCACCUGGGCCAGACUCUUCCAUUGCCGCCACAUCCUAUGAUAGUCAGCAUUUCGUCGGGGGUCUCUUGUACCCAGAGUCGUGGACUACCUCCUCGCCGCCGGUCGCCAGGAAGCUCCCGACUCCUGGCCAGCCUCCACUCUACUGCCACCCAGAGACUGCGGCCCCCGUGGGUGUUGAGGAUAAUGCACUGUGCUCGUUAGCGUUCUCCAACUUUUUCGCUGACUGCUCAGUACCUCAGGUCAACUAUGACUUAAGCGGAGACUUCAAUAGAACUCAUUACUCAUCUUUAUGAGAAAACACAUUAUUGUUUUACAUGGGGUCAUUGUUUUUUUUCAUGCAGCUCCGUUCCUGCGCCAGCAAUGUAACAUAAAUUUCUCAGAACGUCCUGUUCUCCAUUGCUAACCUUUCCUAACUCUAAUAUUCAAGCAUUAUCAUAAUUGCAGUCAUUAUCUAUACGAUCAACAAUUUUAGGCCAUGAAUAUUUUAUCAGAAAUCAAGUGUGGGGAAAAAAAAACCCAAGUACAACAGUAGCUGAGUGUAACUUCAUGUCUUCCAUUUUUUUUUAAAUGUUUGCGGCAGACCCGUGAUGGCUCGCCGUUUCUGUGGCGGUGAGUUAAUUCAAAUUUUUGUCCCAACUUGUCGUAGUCUAUCGCGAACCUUUGCUCAAACAGUCCAAUACAUUAUAAAAAAAAAAAGACAUCACUCUUAUGCCAUAAAUAUAAAACAACACUGUACAAAGAAAAAUGUUAAUUACCACGUAUUCAUACACUCCUCUUUGGGUGCCAUUCAUAAGCUCAAAAUGUCUUGUGGGGACCGUCUUAAAGCGAAGACCCGCUGCUGUCAUAAUAAGACUAACACGAACUACACGGUUCCAAAUGGUGCAUAGAGGAUUUACUGCAGGUGAACAUUUUUUAGCUUUAGUUUUUCUGGGGACGUGUUUGCACAGGUUGUUUAUCCCGUCAGUGGAGAUCACUGAUAUAAAAGAAGCUGUGGUUUCUCAUCCCCCGAUCGCAACCCUAUAGAGACUCUUUAGAGCCUUCUUAGGAAGAUCUCUACAGAUGGCCAGCGGGUCCUUUGAAAUAAGACGGCAUUCUGUUAAAUAAAAGCUUCAACCUCAUGUUGACGCUACAUUCAUUUGCAUAAUAGUUGUCAUGGUAGAUCACAUACUUGGAUCAGCCAGGACGCCGCUUGUCAAAGCCAAAUCCGGUAUGUUCUUGGACCAGCCAGGACACCUCUUAGGAUGUGAUUUAACAUUUCAUUUCAGAGUUGUCUGGAAACUUUGCUGACAUUACCGGACGACAUUUACAUGAUAAUACAAAUUAGAGUAUCGGCCAAAUAAAUGAUAUGACAGUUCAUUUCAAUUUGGCACAUUCUGUUAGCGGCUAGCAGGUACACUGCCCUGCCUGACUUUCUUUAAGUUUCUAAUCUCCUGGUACCCGUCAACUCACAAAGUCAUCAGUUUUGUUUUUAGCUGGUCCUGGUCCUGGUCCUGGCAAAACUCCAACCCUCCGUUAGUCCUGACCGUGCUUUUAAAUGGCCACAUGCUUAACACUAUUUUUGGAAAUAUUAGUUUGUUUAUCCUGGAAAGCUCAAAGUAUAACUUGAACUGAAGAGUUUCCUAAUUCAGAUAUGAACAUCGCACACAGAUCACAAUAUCAUAAAUGCGUUCAUCAUUUUCAUGCAGCUGUGAUGUGGAACAAUUUUGUUUGAAAUAGUGAUGUUCAAUUUGUUGUAAUUAGAAUUGUGUUCAAGCAAGUUCAAUUUUUUUCUAAUCUAUCUUAGAUGUUGAACAAGAUGAAAUAAAGCUGGUCUUUAUUGCUGUAAAAAAAAAAAAACGGGACUUUAUAUCGCUCAUAAGUGACAAACUAUCAUGAGCAAUGUACGUCAAAAAAUCCAAAUUUAUGCAAUAUUUUUUUUCUGUUUUCCAUUAAAAGAUACAAUGUGACUGUGAAGUUCAUUCAAUGUCACACUGGUUAUGUAAUAUAAUAAGUGCGUUUACAGUAUGUGUAAAGAUAUAUUUCAGGGUUGAUUUGGUGGAUUCAGAAUCCACAACUGAUUGUAAAUGAACAAAAAUGAGUAAUAAAGUAAAUCAAUAGCAAGGUCUUGUUUAGCAUUUGGGUGUCAUGAGUACAUAUAAGAGUCCCGAGCUUUGUUAAAUAGUUUCAUAACGUUUCAAUGCACAUAAAAUGAUCUUUUGACAGUUAAUUUACAUUUUCCCCGAGCU